CCCGAAAUGCAAUACAGACAGCUGCAGCAGACCGCUCGUCUGAACCCUCCCUCUGACCAGACAUUUGUACAAACAGACAUAACAUGCAAUUCACAAGGAGGAAAGGCAGGCAGGCAGGCGGCGACAACAGCUAUCCAUCCACUUACCAAAACCUGCCCAAGCCUUCCAUCCAUCCAUCCAUCCAUCCAUCCAUCGGCCCAUCCCUUUGUCUACUUAAGCAGAGGGGGAGACAGGUGUCGACUGGCGCCAUCGGCUCUGGUCAGUCAACCGGCACCCAUCUCUCCACCCCAUCCCGCCCUCUCUUGACGUACCCCAACACACGCCAAUCUAUCUCUGGCACAUCCACCGUGAACCCGUUAGCUACCUCCAGCACCCACUUGCCGUCCUGAAGCAGCGGCAGAGAAGCCAACCCCAUGCAGCACCGCCCCUACCUCCGGCUCACUUCAGCAGGUCGUUGAUGACGAGGUCGAACUGCUUGAGCACCCGACGCCACAGGGGCACCGACACGGGGAAGCGGGUGCUCAGCGGCGCAGGCGCAUGAGCAACAGCCGACUCGGUCGUGGUCAGAGUGAUGCUGUCAGCUUGGAUCUCCAGGUGGGCGGCGACAGUAUCGGGGGGUCGAAACCCGCUCACAACCACAAGACGCGCGUCAUUGCCGUCAUCCUGACGGUCGGCCACGAUGCCCAUCUGCUGGGGGAUGUGGCCGGUGGGCAGAGACUGACGGCUGGCGCUGCGUCUGUCCGCCGUGGUUUUCACCGUCGUCCGGUGCACUCCCCCCUGAUGAGACCACCAGUAAACCAAGCAGCACAGGAGAUAUGAGGAGAAGGACCGGUGGAGAGUGAUGCCAUCCCGGAUGACGGGAUCGCCUCUCUGGUAUCCCUCGGCGUAAGGAUGGUUGGCCGGCAACUCCCCCAAAGGCACCGCACGAAAGACCCGGCCAGUGCCGAUCCAGUAGGCGCCGCUAGCGUCUUGUUCCAGGUUCAGGCAGUCGCUCUGGUGCGUCAGCUGGCGUCCGAUAAGCCGAUAAAUGGCAAUUGCGAGAGGCAGGUUGCGAAGGCCCCACAUGUUAGGCAGAUGAGUCACCGACAGCAGCAGAGGAAGUCCGGUGGAUGGGGUCAGCCGAUAGAUGGCCGCCAGUCUGAUGAAUUGCCCGAUGGACCGCCACUCGGCAGCACGCUGCUGACAUCCCAAGAAGUAGACGGUCUUGAGGGCCGCCUCAAGGUCACUAAUGGUGAAGAACAAGACAUCUCGCAGGACCAGGCGGCUCAUCGCCUCCUCUAUAUGCUCCUCGACGAGCCUCAGCAUCGUGGCAAGACCAUCGGGAGAGCUGUUGGAGAUCUGGGAGCGGAGAGCGGCCCGUUGCUGGUCGUCGCCCGACACGGCAAUGUCAGCGGCCUUCUUGAUUGCGAGUGUCAGCAGGGACGAGAGGGGUGGAGGGCUCGGGGGCUUCUGAUCGGGGAGCUGCUGUGUGGGCUGGGACGCCAUCGGUGAGUGAGCGAGCGGUCUGAGGGGCCAUGACAGACAUAGAGAAAAUGGGCAUGCGAUGCGCUUUGCGCGUGGGUGGCUUCGUACAUACAUGGUAGGCGGUUUGAUGCGACGGUUGUGUCCUCCUGGUCUGCUGGUUCCUGCAGGAGCCACAGACCAUCACCGUGUUUGAUGCCAUUCAUACACUGGCCCUUCGCUCACCCGGCGUUCGUCAGUCAGUGAGAUUCGAAGACCCAGCUGGUAUGCAGUUGUCCCGGUGACGCACAAUCUGGCACACAGCCCAAACCAGCAAUAUCAACACAGUCAUCGCACGACGAAUCCAUCCAAACGAAAACAGGCAGACAGACAGAGCAGACGCAGGACCAGCUCUGAGUCACUGGCUGCCUUUCAUCGUAUGAACAUCCAUAGUCCGCGUUUCACUUUGCUGACCUUUGCUGCGAUGAUGCUAUCACAGCGAUUAUCGGAUGCCUGGGCCCAUUUCUUCC